AUGGUCCACGCCCUUCUGAUCCAGUGUGGUGCACACCCACUUGACCAAAUCCUUCUCUCCAAAUUCGGGAUCCACCGGGCGUUUCCCUGUGAUCAGCUCGAGAAUUACGACCCCGAAACUCCCUUCAGCAGCAUCCAUGGCUACCUUAAACCUGAUCGGCCAAUCGAGCAAACCGCUUUUCGUGCUGUGCAGCAAAUCACCCAAACUGCCGUUAGGCAUGUACUCAUACACCAAAAGCUUGCAGUCUUUUGUGGUACAACAGCACCACAGCUUCACGAUGUUCUUGUGUCGGAUUUUUCCGAGCGUCUCGACUUCAGCACAAAAACCGUCAUUCGAAAAAUUCGAACUUCCUUUCUCCAAGUCAUGAUUGCUCGCGUCAGAAAACUUUGGCCGAGCCCAGAGCUUUUUCACGGCAACUGCCUCGCCAUUUGUUAA